AUGAAUUUAGUUGAUCAAAUAUAAAGAUAAUUCCAAGAACUCUCUAAAAUUUUUCUUAAUUGUAAGAUUUUUAUUAAUCUGUUUUAGGUAUAUUUGAAGUAUCAAUCAAUUUAGACCAAAAUAAUCAACAACUUUUAAGAUUAGAACAAAUCAUUAAAUAAGCCGCAAUUGAUAUUUUAGAAGAAUUUCCGCUAUAAAAAGAAAUCAAUUAAUAACAGAAGUAGAUUAAACCUAGUCAACAGUCUUUUCAGAUUAAAAUAAAAGGAAGAGUUGAAAAAUAAAAUUAGAACAAUAAUACUUAACAAGAAAAUACAAAAGCCUUAAAAAGUUAGGCACCUUAAGAAGAUAAUAAAAUUGAAUAGCUCAUACCACAAAUAACAUUAAAACAACCUUUUAAUUAGACAUGCUUUCUCUGUUAAAAUAACAAUAUUUUGAAGUAGUAAACUAGUAAGAUAAUUAAUGAUAAUCAAUAUUUUUAUCACAUGGAAUGUUUCACAAAAGCUAAAUUUAAUCAUUUAGGUAUGGAUAAAAUGUUAGAAAUAUUUAAAACUAAAAUUUGUAAAAUUUGCAAUAAAAAAGGGGCAUAUUAUUAAUGUGAAAAUUGCGAAUUAUGGUAUCACUAUGUUUGUAUGUCAGAAUUAUAUCAGAAUAAUAAAGAAUGUAUUGAUUGCCCUUGCAAACCAAUAGAUAUAUUCUAAGCAUAAGAAAUUGAUAUUUAAGUAGAAGAUGUUCCAAGUAAAAAAAAAAUAAAAAUUGACCAUAUAUCACAAAACACAGAUUUAUUUUCUGAUAUCUCUUUUAAAAAAGAAUUAAAAUUAAUGUGA